AACAAAAUCUAUACAGAGACAAUGAUUGAAUAAAUGAAACACUGCAAAUAUCUGAUCACUUUCACGAUGCAUAUUUGCGAAUUUUUCUUCAUUCUAUUCACCAACACCUUGACAGUAUGCAGGAGCACAGACUACUUGAAUGUAAAACCAAGUACCGAAAUUUCUGCAACAUAUUCAGAUCAAGAAGCCAUUAAAUUUGACCACAUAGCAGUAGAUAAAUAUGGAAGAUGGGUAUAUAUAGGCGCGCCGUACUAUCUUUAUCAAUUAUCAUCAAAUCUGGAAUUGCAAGUAAAAUUUACCCUACCAGAAUUCAAUCCUCCGUAUUGUACUUACAAAUGUUUGAAUAAUUCAUUGAACCAGGUUUAUUCACAAUAUACUACUCGUAACAACAUACUAUUACUGGACUAUCAGAACCAACAACUGAUAUCUUGCGGUAGUUUUUAUUCAGACAGAUGUCAAGCUAAUGAUGCGAGUAAUAUUUCAAAAUUAUUGGUUAAUUAUCCUGCAUCUCAUGUACGAGGAGACUACGAGGUGUCACAUGUAGCCUUCAUAGCUCCGAAUUUACUGCAAAACUCAACAACAUCAUCGUCAGUGUUACAUGUUGGCGACAGCUCAAUUGGCGAUGGGUCUUUACCAACAAUAGCAAUCAAAGACCUAGCACGUGAAAAUUUUUUAUUUACUCUGAAAGACAAUGGUGUAAACCUACACUUUAUACUAGGACAAAAUUUCGAAUAUUCGAGAUUUAUUUGUGGCUUCAGUUUAGGAAACAUCAGCUACUUUCUCACCACUGGAAUCGUUGUCAACCGACGUUUAGAACUUUUAAAUCACCUGACCUACGGAUUCGGACACCUAAUCAGGAUAAAUCAUCCAUAUGAAAAGGGAGACUAUUUGCUUGAUGAUAAGUUUUUAAUAUGCAAUAAUAGUGAAAAGGAAUUAAUUUUGGUAAAGAAGAAACUCAAACACGCCUACAUCUAUGAACAUACGAACAGAUCAGACUCUGAAUUAGGAACAGAUUCAUACAAGGUAGAGGAGAAAAUAGUAUUCCUGCUCUUUGAAAUGUCACUCAUCAGCUCGACUACAGCAACUAAAUAUCCGGAUGGUUUUGUGGUGUGCAAGUAUAAUAUGAAUGAACUACAAUUAUCAGAUCCAAAGAGAACUAUCAUGAGUGGAGAUGUAGUAUUCUUACAUGAAGGCAACACGAAUGUGACAGCAAUGGCAGUCACCGCUGUUGAAAACCACACAGUCCUGUUUUUUGGCACAAAUAAAGGUCAUCUACACAAGGUAUCCGUAAAAGGAUUUAAUUCACCCGAUGUGAAUGCUGUAAAUUACUAUUCGGAUACCAUAAUUGAUGAAGGAUCCCACGUAAAUUCUGAUAUGUUGUUCGCUUCUGGAGAAAAUUUUUUGUAUGUGACAACAAAAAAGAAACUUGCCAAAGUCAAAUUACAUAAUUGUGACCAAUAUAACACAUCAUACACAUGUUUGGAUGUAAGAGAUCCUUACUGCGGAUGGUGUUUUACCAAUAAUAGAUGUUGCUUGAAAGCAGAGUGCACUGAUGAACAAAAAAAAUCCGUAUGGAUGUCAUAUGAUAUCUAUAAUCACACCAAUUCAUCCUCAGAUUCACAUAACAAAUCUGCAGGAUCAAUACAUUGGAAUACAACAAACACAUUGAUAAAGUCUCAUUCAUUCAUGAAUAAUACAAUGAUAUGUAGUAUAUAUAAAACGUGUACAAUGUGUGUAACUUCAUUUUAUCCAUGCAAAUGGCAUGUGAAUCAACAUAAGUGCACAGAUGAAACAAUCUGGAACAAGAAUGACAUAGUAAUAGGCGAUAAUUUUGAUCAGGUACAUUCUCAAAGCCCCAAAAAUAUGUUCUACAAUAAAUUUCCAAGAAAUGAGUUUUACUGCCCACAAUUCUUCACCUUUGAUGAUAAUGAACCAAACAUUUACAUUGGUGUCGAUAAAGAAAAAUGGGAAACUGUCAAAGCAAAGUAUAGAAUACCAGCCGGUUUAUUCAAUGAAAAAUAUACAUGUGAAUUUGAAAGCAAAGGAUACAAGACUAUACAAAACGCAACUAUCAAAGAACAUUCUACUCCUCUCAAUGGUUACAUUGAAGGAGAAAUCAAAUUCAGCAAAGUGUUUGGAUAUACUGAACAGAAACCCAUCAUGACUGUCAAAUUCACUGUUUUACAGAAUGGAUCAAACCCUCUAGAAAACCCUCACAACACUAGUAUUGUAUUAUACAAAUGUGCCUAUGUAGGCAGUCAUUGCAACACAUGUGUGAAAAUGAAAUACUGCAAAUGGAAUUUAGAAACUAGAAAAUGUGAAGAUGAUGAUGUUGGCACUGCUAGCCAUUCGGGUAUUGAAGCCAAGAAGGAACUCUGCACAGAUCCAUCAAUCUCUUCUUUUGCACCAGAAGUAGGACCAUGGGAAGGUGGAACUAAAAUAUCAAUACAUGUGCAGAACUUUGCUAGUAUAUUUUAUAGAUUUGGCAAUGUAACAGUAGGUGACAUACCUUGCACUAUACUACAAACGCAGUCAACUGAUAUAGAAAAAGAACCAUUAAUCUGUGUAGUGGAUAGAUGUAAAUCAACAUUUAACAAUUGCAGUGGACCAAUUAAGCUUAUUGUAGAAGAUUUGCUUUUGACAUCAAGUACUACCUUCCAAUUUGUCAAUCCUAAAAUCAAUGAUAUUUCCCCAACAAGCGGAUCGACAAGUGGCGGGACUGAGUUAUCAAUUAAUGGCGAACAUUUAAAUGCUGGUAGUAUGAUUGAAGUUUACAUUGGUACUCUAGAAUGUGUAGUAUUUGAAUGUAAUUCAAAGCAACUGAAAUGCUUGACAGGCCCAUCUAAAUUGUCCUUCAAAACUUAUGUUAGUAUUAGGUUUGAUGGGCAUAUUCGAACAUCUGAAAAAGUUUACGAAUACAAUGAAAAUUUAGGGCCAGAUGAAAACAUUUAUACAGUACCUAGAGGUGUUCCAAGUGGUGGGGUGAAUACAUCAAUAAAGUUUGACAUAUCUAUUCACAAGAACAUCACAAAACAGCAGGAAAUCUUAUUCUACAUCCAAGAUAAAGAGCAAGCAAACAAGUACUACAGCAAAUGUAAAGUAUCCAACAUUUCCUUGGUUUGCCCAAUACCAAACAUAAAUGAUUUUGGUAAAUAUUUUCUUGAUGAAAAGAAACCCAUACGUAUGGAUUACGGUUUCCAAACAAACCCUCCAAAUGAAGUAAACAUGAAUUAUCUCAAUUAUCUGAAAAAAUACCCCAAGUUCUUACUGUACCCAGAUUCACUUCGUGAUCUUUUGCAAGGAAAAUUUGUUAAACAACAAACUACAUCAACCAUUGCUAAAUGGUUGUUAACCAUUGCUAAAUGGUUGUUAGAAAACAUAUAUUUAUUUAUUGUAGGGUUUAUGAUACUUGUAAUUACAGUAUCAAUUAUAUAUUGGAGAAAAUCUGCUGUAAGAUCAAGAAAAAUGCAACAACAAAUCAAUAUAAUGGGAAUGGAAAGGAUAGCUGUGUCACAAAUGAUUAAACGAGUAGUGAUAGAAAAACAAUUAGAACUGGAUGAAAAUAUAUCAAAAAUGCUUAAAUUACCAAAUGUCAACAUCACAUACGAAUCUUACUAUACACCAGAUGCAAAUCAAACAACGCCAAAGAUUGAUUAUGAAUUACCGCUGGAUGAGAAAUGGGAAAUUCCCAGAGGAAACGUCGUUCUGGGCCAAUUUCUAGGUGAAGGCGAAUUCGGAAGUGUUGUCAAAGGAAAUGUUUCAGGCCUUUUACAACAAGAUGUCAACACAACAGUAGCAGUAAAGAUGUUGAAAAGUAACUACAAAGACGCAGAUUUGAUCAACUUGGUGAUGGAAAUGGAACUAAUGAAACUUAUUGGCAGACAUGACAAUGUACUUAGUCUACUUGGAUGUUGUACAAUUGAUGGGCCAUUGUACAUUAUCACCGAAUACUCUCCACAUGGAAAUUUACUCGAUUUUCUUAGAAAUCAUUACCUCCCUUCCAAACCUAAGGAAAUUUCAAUUGACGACUUGUCUGAGAAAGUUUUAGUCACAUUUGCUCUACAAAUAGCAACAGGCAUGGAGUAUUUAGCUUCCAUAAACUGUAUCCAUCGAGACCUAGCAGCACGAAAUAUCUUGGUAUUUGAUGAUUAUAUCUUGAAAAUCGCCGAUUUCGGAUUAGCCAGAGAUACUGGACAUGCCGAAUACUACAAACAAAAAAGCAAUGGAAGAUUUCCGGUCAAGUGGAUGGCACCAGAAGCUUUAACACACAGACGUUAUACAACUCAAUCUGAUGUAUGGUCAUUUGGUGUAUUGUUGUGGGAAAUUAUGACUUUUGGCGCUGUUCCGUAUUCGUCAUACAAUGAUUUAGAAAAAUUACUGAAAGAUAUUGAAGCAGGCUAUCGUAUGAUGAAACCCAAAAACUGUUCGACAACAAUAUACUCCCUAAUGAGCAAAUGCUGGAAUUAUCAGCCUGAAGAACGACCGGACUUCACAACAAUCAUUGAAGAAUUGAAUGUCAUACUGGCAGAUUACAAUGCAAUUAUUGAACAUCCUGAUUUUCCCAGUCAGAUGGAAAGUGAAACUGAUAGUCUAUCGGAGAACACUACAAUUGAUCAUACGAGGGAGGACUGUAAUUUUGAGGUUUUACAGUAGCUACGAGGUCACUGUGGGUGAUUAAAACCUAUACCUAGUAGGUAUGCUUCCUUCAUUGAAUAUUAUUCUACUGCACAUUUACCUACCUAAUCAUUAAAUAAUUUUUAUUAUAGUCAUUAUAAUAUAGUCAAAAAUAUAGAU